AUGGCCAGCCAUUUAUGCCUCCCUGUCUCCUCGCGCCUCUCAUCUGUGAAACCCUUGAUGCUGCACUUUGGAAACGUACAAGUGGGAGUCUGCGUGGCGAUCCAGCGCAGUGAUGGGCGGAUCCAUCUCGCAGUGGUCACGGAGGUUAAAAGAGAAAACACUUGGGUCACGGUAGAGUGGGUCGAAAAAGGAGUAAAAAAAGGCAAGAAGAUUGAUCUAGAGACCCUAUUUCUGCUGAAUCCAGCACUGGUCUCUGCUAAGCACCCCUCUCCAGGCAGGUCAUUGUCCCGCUUGGCCCUAGCUCCCUCUUCGGCCAUUGGGGACCAGCGAACGGCUGUACGGUGGAUUGCUGCGAUCCCCCAGAAAAAUGAAACGCCCUCAGGGGACAACCUGGCCAUGAGAGUUCCCAGCAGUCCUUACCUGAUGAAGCAGAAAAAGUCUCCCUGCCUCCGGGAAAUUGAGAAACUGCAAAAGCAGCGGGAGAAGCGCAGACGGCUGCAGCUGGAUAUCCAAGCCCAACGCGCCUUGGAUGUCAACACGGGCAAUCCCAACUAUGAGAUAGGGCGCAUGAUUGAUGAGUACCGCAGGCACCUGGACCACAGCCAGAUAGCCAGGCUGGAGCCGCCGGAGAACCACCGCAUCUGCGUCUGCGUGAGGAAGCGGCCUCUCAACCAUCGGGAGACCACCAUGAAGGACCUGGAUAUCAUUACCAUCCCCUCAGACAAUCUGGUCAUGGUGCAUGAGUCCAAGCAAAAAGUGGACCUCACUCGCUACCUGGAGAACCAGACUUUCUGUUUCGACCAUGCCUUUGAUCACACGGCCUCCAAUGAGUUGGUGUACCAGUUCACUGCCCAACCGCUGGUCGAGUCCAUCUUCCGAAAAGGCAUGGCCACCUGCUUUGCCUAUGGGCAGACAGGCAGUGGGAAAACACACACCAUGGGCGGAACAUUUUCAAGAGGUGACCAAGAUUGUUCUAAAGGCAUUUAUGCCAUGGUGGCGCGGGAUGUCUUCCUCCUGCUCAAAACCUCCGCUUAUGAGAAUUUGGACCUCAAGGUCUAUGGAACAUUUUUUGAGAUUUAUGGGGGCAAGGUGUAUGACCUGUUGAACUGGAAGAAGAAGCUGCAAGUCCUUGAGGAUGGCAAUCAGCAAAUCCAGGUGGUCGGGCUGCGGGAGCAGGAGGUAUGCUGUGUGGAGGACAUGCUGAACCUCGUGGAACUAGGGAACAGUUGCCGGACUUCAGGACAGACAUCCGUCAAUGCUCACUCUUCCAGGAGCCACGCGGUGUUCCAGAUCAUCCUAAAGUCUCGAGGGAAACUCCAUGGCAAAUUUUCCCUUGUUGACUUAGCUGGGAAUGAAAGGGGAGUGGAUACUGCCAAGGCCAACCGGAAAAGGCAGUUGGAAGGAGCAGAGAUUAAUAAGAGUCUCCGCCUCAAAGAAUGCAUCCGGGCUUUGGGUCAGAACAAGUCUCAUACCCCAUUCAGAGCCAGCAAGCUCACACAGGUGCUCCGGGACUCCUUCAUAGGCCAGAACUCCUCCACUUGCAUGAUCGCCACUAUCUCUCCAGGGAUGGCUUCUUGUGAAAACACCCUCAACACUUUAAGAUAUGCAAACAGAGUAAAAGAAAUAACUCUGGAUUUAAGGCCUCACCAUCGUUGCCUUUAUCCUGCUGAACAUGAGGUGCCAAAGAUGUUGAAAAGUCAUAAUAGAAAUUCAGAAAUGUCCUUUCAGAGAUAUGAAUUUAUUAAAGUGCCUUGUACACAGAGUGAGGAUAAGGAAGAGACUAGAGAAAUCAAAGCAUUAUCCUCUUCUUUAAUGGAGGAUACAGCAAUUGCCUUGAAGGAAUCAAGGCAAUGGCCAGGGAAUGACAUCCAGGAGAAAGCUGAUGGAGUAAACUGUGAUGUUGAUUUUUGCAUUGCCCAGUUAUUGUCCAUUUUGGAGCACAAAAUAGAUGUUCUGACUGAGAUUAAAAGGAAACUGAAAUUACUACAAGCUAAUCUUCAAAUGAAAAACAAGUAUAGUGAAGCCAAUGAUGAGAGAUCAGAUCUGAAAUGA